ACAGAGAGUCACUCCUGUGGAAGCUGAAGAAAGGUUUUUGUAAAGCUUCUUCCUCCGUCUCCCUUGCUCCGUCCGUGUGAACUGGGUGAAAGAUGAAUUUGGUGAACAUUAAGGAUGUAUUUGGGAUACAGUCAAGGGCCAGGUCCAAACACAGUUUGGUAUUAGGAACUGGUGGAGGAGAUGUUUUAGCGCUUGAUGUUGCUUCCGGUCAGCUUAAAUGGAGAAUUAGUGACUGUCAUCCCGGUGGUGUGAAUGCUGUUUCAUCUUCUGCAAAGGCCUCCUGCAUAUACAGCGGUGGAGCGGAUGGGAUGGUUUGUGAAAUUGAUCCCAACAGUGGAAAUCUGAUCAGAAAGUUCAAAGCUUCAACAAAAGCAGUUUCUUUCUUUAUCUGUUUCACCAGAUUACCAAGACCAGAGGAACGGUUCUUCCACCGUUACUACAGUUAUCUGGGCGCUUACAGCUUGUUACAGCUCAGAUCAAUAAAGCUGCAGGGAAUGAAACUCAAACAAGGGUUCAUGAGCAAGAGAUUGAUAAUGAAAGUGAAGAUGAGGAGGAGGAAGAUGUAGAAGAGCAUUUCUAUGGUGAGAAUGAUAAUAAUAAUGAAUCAGAUUUAAGCAGCGACUAUGGAGAGGAUAAAGAUGAUACAUUGAUGGAAGAGAUAUAAAGUGAAGAGAAGAGAUGGAAGCUUUGACUCUUCACACGAUUUUUUCUUUUUCAGUUAUUCCUCAAA